CCUAUCAUCUAUCUUUUCUUGCAAUCUAAGUCUUAUUGUGUUUUAUUUUCCUCUUCUGUUGGUCCAACUCAUCAUCCCCACAAUUUAUAACACUACCCUAAAACCCCCCUCACACAACAACUCUCUGUCUCUCUCAGCCUUUACUGCAGAACACAGAAAAUGACCUCAGUUUGUAUAUCAAACUGUGUCAGCGACGCCCGCGAUCCCCGCGUGCCGAUCCGGGCCACCUACGUCAACCUGUACAAGUGGCCUGAGUCCGACGCGGAGUUCGUGCGGUCUGUGAGCUCCAAGGGGCGGCGGUACAAUGCGGCGGGGGUGCCGCAUUGGCACCACCAACACCCUCGAGUGGUGGACAGCAUAUCAUGCAGGCAAAUGUACCUGAGGAGCUACACGUUCACGAGGAAAGAGACCGUGCCGGAGAAGACCCAGAAGUGCUUUGGCAGAGUCAAGGAGAGAAUGGUAACUAACAACAACGAUGAGAGGAAGAGGAGUAAGAAGAAGAAGGGUAAGAAGAGUAAGUGUUUGGUUCUGAGGAAAGUGAAGGAGUAUUCAACUGCUGCUCUGUUUAGAAUCUUUCAGAGGCUUCUGUCUUGUUCUGCUAGUGUAGAUGUUGUGAAUCAUGAUCAAGACUAAGUCAUAAACUAGAUUUUUUUUCUUUGGUUUUUGGUGCUUCUGUAAUUUAUAAGCCAGAGAUGAUGUUGUGUUUGUGUUUAAAUUUCUCUAAUAUGUGUCAAAUUUGGUUCUGC